AGCAUCGCGGAAAAAAUUCCCAAUAACUCCAUUGUGGUGGAGCUGGGGUCCGGCAAUUUGAGAAAGGUGAAGUUACUCCUGGAUGCGUUGGACAACGCAGGAAAGAGCAUUGUCUACUAUGCUUUGGAUCUUAUGCACUCCGAACUGGAGCGCACGUUAGAAGCUGUGCCGGUGGGUACGUUCGAGCACGUGAAGUGCUUCGGCUUGCACGGGACCUACGAUGACGGCCUCGAAUGGCUGAAAAAGCCGGAGAACCGCAGGAAGCCGAAACUCAUCAUGUCUCUGGGCAGCAGCAUCGGCAACUUCACCCGCGAGGAAGCGGUAGGAUUCUUGUCAAAAUUCAUCGAGAUUCUGUCUCCUCGCGAUGGGUUUCUCAUCGCGAUCGAUGCGUGCCUGGACGGUGCAAAAGUCCACAAAGCGUACAAUGACAGCAUCGGAACCACCCACAACUUCACCCUGAACGGCUUGGAGCAUGCGAACAAGCUGCUUGGCCGUGAGGCGUUCAGCCGUGAUGCAUGGGAAGCAGUCGGCGAGUACGAUGCCGCGGGAAACCGGCAUCGCGCAUUUGUCAAGCCAAUACUCGAUGGAGUGGAGGUGGAGGGAGUUCCAUUCCAGCGUGGCGAAAUGGUGCGCAUCGAGGAAUCUUACAAAUAUUCCCACGAACAGUCUUCGACUCUGUUCGCAUCGGCCGGCGUCAUCGAAUCGGCCGUCUGGAGAAAUGAAAAAGCCGAUUAUGGCCUACAUCUCCUUGCGAAAUCGAAGAAAAUGUUUUCACGAAAGCCCGAGAAUUACGCUCAGCAUCCUGUCCCGACCCUGGACGAGUUUGAAGAAUUAUGGGCGUCAUGGGACAACGUCACGACAGGAAUGGUCCCCAACGAUGAGCUUACGAACAAGCCUAUUCACUUGCGCAAUGCAAUAAUAUUCUACCUGGGACAUAUCCCCACGUUCCUUGACAUCAAGCUCGUCGAAGUUCUCAAGCUUCAACCGAUCGAGCCGAAAUAUUUCCAGAAGAUCUUCGAACGAGGUAUCGAUCCGGACGUCGAUGACCCGUCACAAUGCCAUGCCCAUUCGGAGAUCCCUUCCGACUGGCCUUCCUUUCAGGUUGUAUUGGAAUACCAAGAGCGUGUGCGACAGCGUGUGAUUGACCUAUACGCAUCUGGCCGUCCAUACGACGAUCAACUCACCGGUCGAGCCCUGUGGUUGGGCUUCGAGCAUGAGGUCAUGCACCUGGAGACAUUGAUCUACAUCCUCGUCCAGAGCGAUCGCACGCUUCCGCCCAUCGGAGUUCCACGGCCGGAGUUCGAGCAGCUUGCUGUGCAGGCCAAGAAGGAAGAAGUCCCAAACGCGUGGUUUGACAUCCCCGCGCAAACCUUUGAGAUCGGUAUCGAUGACCCUGACAAUGCCGAGGGUCCAACGAGGUACUUCGGAUGGGAUGUCGAAAAGCCGAAGAAAGCCAUCUCGGUGCCUGCUUUCAAAGCCCAGGGCCGCGCAAUCACCAAUGAGGAAUAUGCUCGUUAUCUGCUUGCCACGAAGAACGAUACGAUCCCUAAGUCAUGGGCGAACGCAGCAACUAAUCCAAGAGCGAGCGGCCUUGUGAAUGGUCACACCAAUGGCCAAACGGAUGACCAAAGCAAUGGAGAUUCAGCCUUCGAGCAGUUCAUCGCUACAAAGGUAGUUCGAACUGUGUACGGCCCGAUUGCUCUAACUUACGCCCUCAGCUGGCCCGUUGCAGCCUCAUACAACGAGCUGGACGGUUGUGCGCAUUAUCUCGGUGGUCGCAUUCCAACCGCGGAAGAAACGUGGAGCAUAUACGAAUAUGCGGAGAGAGUCGACUCCAUUCUAGCCAAAACCAUUGGAAAGAAGAUUCCAGCAGUGAACGGUCAUCUCAUCAAUGAAGGUGUGCAGGAGACACCGCCAACCAACACCUCCACAAACGGUGCUGUCGGAGGACCAGACGCAAAGGAACUGUACGUCAACCUCGAUGAGGCAAACGUCGGUUUCGUGAACUGGACCCCGACUCCCAUCACCGCGCACGGCGACAAGCUCGCUGGACGUUGCGGUAUGGGCGGACUCUGGGAGUGGACAAGCUCUCCUCUCGAGAAGCGCGAAGGGUUUGAGCCGAUGAACUUGUAUCCCAACUACAGCGCGGACUUUUACGAUGGAAAACACAACAUCGUCCUCGGCGGUUCUUGGGCCACUCACCCUCGCUUUGCUGGGCGAAAAUCAGUUGUGAAUUGGUACCAACGCAAGUACCCGUACGCCUUCAUCGGAGCGCGGUUGGUGAAGGAUAUCUAGGAUCUUCCAACCAGCAAUGUUAGCAAAGAUGUAUACUUAGGUAGGCAUCAAUAUUCACUCAUUCACUACACAUCACAACCUAGCGCUAUAUGGAUCUGAAAAGGUAUGACGUGUCACAUUUCUUGUGCACCUGGGCAGUGAAAUGUGUUUUGGGUUUCCGCGGAAGCUAAAAUUGACAACACCCAUGAAUGUAGCGGAUCACUCCUGCCGUGUUUCAGCCUUCGUUGUUGUUACUGCUACAAUGUAAUUCAGCAUCAAUUGCAAGAUAAUGACAACCUUGGA